AUGUGUCUUCCUUGGUUCAAGACUGCUACAUGGGUUGGGAUUUAUCAAGGUGAAAUAGCGCAUGAGCUUGAUGCACAAGAUGAACAUCCACCGUUUCAAGGUGAAAAGAUGAUUCUUGGCCCUCCAUUCACAAGGCGUCCCUCUGGUCGUCCUAAAGAGGGAAGGUACCCUUCAACUGGCGAAAUCAAAGUACAUAUUACUAACACCACCUUCAAAUUUUAA